AGAUCCCCGCCUGCCCUGCCCCGCUGCGCCAUGAAACCGGACGGGCUACACGGCGCUCAAAGUUGGAGGGACGGUCGGAAGACCCCCGGGAGCGACCCGUCGAGCUGGGUUGGAGCACCCACAGCCUCUGGUGGCAAGCAGUUCCACGGGUGAAUUGUCCUCACUGCUAGGAAAUUCCUCCUGAAUCCCAGGCUGCUCCUCUCCCGGAUGAGUUUUCCACCCGUCGUUUCCCGUCCUGAAUUCAGGGCCUUCGCAGGAGAGGUGGACCCCCUCUGUGGCCGGAGCAGCCGAGCUAACCGUGGGCCGGUCCUCCCGGGCAGAAGAUGACGCUGAACUUACAGCGGGGGAGCCCCGGAGGUCCCUGCCAGCGGCGGGCCAGCACCCCCCUCCCGACGUCCCACCGAGAGAAGCUGAACCCCAGGAGCAGACAGGCUGAGCUCCGCCACCCCCAGUUGGGGCACUCCUUAUCCUGCCAACCCCGAGCCCGCCAGCCGGAGCCCUGCAAGAGCUGGCGGUGCGAAUCCUCCAGCUCGGAGGAAUCCUGUGGCUCCCUCUACCGCGUGGUGCUGCUCGGCGACCCCGGGGUGGGCAAGAGCAGCCUGGUGAGCCUUUUCGCCGGGGUUCAAGAAAGGGACUCCCUGGAGCAGCAGAGAGAUGACACCUUUGAGCGCACCCUGUCCGUGGACGGGGAGGAGACCACGCUGGUGGUGAUUGACACUUGGGAAGCUGAAAAGAGGCUGUCGGAAGAAGACAACGGGCUGCACAACCACUGCAUGCAGGUGGGCGACGCCUAUGUGAUUGUCUACUCCAUCACCGACAGGGGCAGCUUCGAGAGCGCUUCGGAGCUGCGCAUCCAACUUCGGAGGACGCGCCAGGCGGAGGACCUGCCCAUCAUCCUGGUGGGGAACAAGACCGACCUGGUGCGCUCGCGAGAGAUCUCGGUGGAAGAAGGCCGGGCCUGCGCCGUGGUUUUCGACUGUAAGUUCAUCGAGACGUCCGCUGCCCUCCAGCACAACGUGACCGAGCUUUUCGAAGGGGUCGUGCGGCAGAUCCGGCUGCGCCAAGACAGCAAGGAGGCCAACGAACGGCGCAUGUCGCUCUACAGACGCAAGGAGAGCCUGUCCAAGAAAGUCCGGCGUUUCCUGGACCGGCUGGUGGCACGCAACAACCAGAAAGUGGCUCUGAAAGUCCGCUCCAAGUCAUGCCACGACCUUUCGGUGCUGUGAGAGACAAUUGGGGCGUUCCUCGUUUGCUCGUCCCUCUUUCCUACCCAGUUGUCUGGCCUUGGACUUCCUUUUGGCACCCAGCAUGGCUUUGCAAAUGCCCGUAACUGUGAGAGGGGAAUCCUAGUGGGCAACCGUUUAAAUAGGAGCCAGCUGUGGGCAGCAGCUGCCAAAAAAGCCAACACAGUUCUAGGCUGCAUCAACAG